AUGAAGGGAAUGGUUGCGUCGACCCAACCACUUGCCAACUCCGCCGGUUUAAAAAUCUUGGAAAAAGGCGGUAAUUGUGUCGAUGCUGCAAUAGCAGUGUCAGCCGCCUUGUGUGUAACAGAGCCAGCAUCCACGGGAAUUGGUGGUGAUUGUUUUGCUUUGUAUUUCAAGCGUGAUGGUACGGCAAAGUCUCCGCUUGGUUCUGGAAAGGUGUUGGGAUUAAAUGGCUGUGGCCGUGCUGCUAAAAAAGUAACACCGCAACAUGUUUGGGAUGAACACAAUGACGGUAAACCCAUGCCCAGAAUUCCAUACACUUCGGUCUUUUCAGUAACUGUUCCAGGUGCCAUUGCUGGAUGGUAUGAUGCCUUUGAGAAGUGGGGGUCGGGCAAAGUCACAUUUGAACAAAUUUUGGAGCCAGCUGUAACAUUAGCUGAACACGGGUUCCCAGUAUCGGAAUUAUCAAGUAAGUCAUGGAAGGCAGCGAUACCCAAAUUGAAAGCGCAAAAUCCCAAUUUGAGUAAUAAUAACCCAUUUAUAAUAUUAGAUGGUGAAAAUGGUGCAAGAGGUCCCAAUGAAGGCGAAUAUGUCAAGAAUACCCCAGUGGCAGAGUGCCUCAAGUUAAUAGGCAAGCAAGGUAAAGGGGCAUUUUACGAGGGGCCAAUAGCUGAGGCAAUCAUUGAGACCACUUCAAAGCGAAACCAUCAACUCACUGCGCAAGACUUGCAAGCCCACACUUCUACCAUUGUUGAGCCUAUUAAAUUGAAUUUUCAAAAUCACAAUGUUUGGGAAAUUCCCCCAAAUGGCCAUGGGUUAGUUGCGUUGUUGGCACUUGGUCUCAUCCAAGAAUUACAUAAUGAAGGUAAAAUCAACAUACAUGAGUUGAAACACAACUCUGCCGAAUAUUUGCAUAUACUUAUUGAAGCAUGUAAAUUGGGAUUCCAUGACUCGGACGAAUAUGUCACCGACCCUACAUUCAAGGAUAUCCCUGUCGAAGCAUUACUCCAUCAUCAAUAUCUCAAAACUAGAGCUCAGUUAUUUGACCCAUCAAAAAUUAUUGAUGGUGAGAGUAUGACGCAUGGAGUUCCCGAUUCCAAAUACAAAUCUGAUACUGUAUACCUUACAGUUACAGACUCGAAUGGUGAAGCUUGUUCGUUCAUCAAUUCCGUUUAUGAAGGUUUUGGUUCAGGUAUAUUGGUUGAGAAAUAUGGAUUCUGUCUCCACAACAGAGGCGCCAACUUUAACUUGAGUCCAGGAUUAUCAAACUGUCUCGAAGGUGGAAAAAGACCAUACCACACCAUUAUUCCAGGUAUGAUUACGAAUGCUAUUGAUGACACACUCUAUGCUUCAUUUGGUAACAUGGGUGGCUUUGCCCAGCCAGUUUGUCAUGUUCAGCAUGUCCUCAACAUGGUGAUCUUUGGAAUGACACCACAACAGCUGCUUGAUGCUCCUCGAUUUGUUUUGAAUUCAAACAAUGAUGUGUUAAGAGAUAGAGGUAGAGGCGCGGAUGGUCCUGUGAGGACACCAAUUACCAUUGUACAAAUUGAAGAAGGUGUUGGCAACGAAACGGUUGAGAAGUUGAAACAAUUGGGCCAUAGUGUUGAGGUAUUAACUGGAUACAACAGACAAACUGUAGGUAGGGGCCAAAUCAUUAAGAACGAGUCAAGAAAUGGGCAAUUGGUGUAUGCUGGUGGCAGUGACAUGAGAGGAGACGGCGCAGCAGCACCCUUUGUGUAA